AUGAUAGACCGGUUUCCUGACGAGCUAAGGCUGUACAUCUGCGAGUUUCUGCCGACUCGUGACCUCCUUGCCCUCUCCUGCGCCUCGCGCGACUGGCGCCGGCUCGCUACCGACUCGCUACUGUGGCGACGACGGUACGCCUGCGAGCUUGCGCCGCUGAUGGGCGACGGAUGCGUGACGAGUGGCGGCUCUGAUGGGCGUGACGAGGACAGCGACUCUCGCGAGAGCGAGUGGUUUGUUCGGUACGGGCUUACCAUGCGGGUGCUGAGCCGGCUGGCGCGUCCGGACGCCGCCGCAUCCAUGGAGCGAGUGGCGCUGGCUGACGAUGUCCACGCCCGCUGCCUGGCCCAUCACGCGGCAAUGGACGUACUGCUCGCCGGAUGCAAGCGCGGCGUGCUCCUCACCACACCGCUAAGUAAUCGGAGCAGUACCCGUGGCGACCGUGGGCGGCGCUCGCCAGUCGAGCUCGUCCCGACCGCAGUCCAGGUUGCCGACCGCGACGCCGUCAACUCGAUGUGUCUCCUGCCGGGCGCGCCGAGUCUGGUGGCGCUCGGCCUCGGUCGCCAGCUGGGCGGCUCACUAGUGUUUGAUCUGGAGACUGCGUCGCCGGUGGCGACUCUGACCGGCCAUGCCGACUCGGUCUUUGCGCUCGCGGCGUGUGCGCAGCGGCCAUGGGUCGUGUCGGGCGGUGGGCAGGACGACAACUCGGCGCUGGUGUUUGACGUCAACUCGCCCGACGCCGCUCUGCGGACGCUUCCGCAUCGCGGCUCGGUCCGCGCACUGGCCUUUGAUCCGGCGGCACCAUCGGUCCUCUACUCGGGCUCGCUCGACAAGUACGUGCGGUGCUGGGACCUGCGCGCACCAGCGCGCGAGCCUGCGCUCGAGCUGGCCCUCGCCGCAGGCGUCCACGCACUCGAGCUGCCGAUUCUCUCGUCGAGCGGCGAUGGUCAAACGCUGGUUGUUUCGGUCGGCCGUCCGCACAAUGCCGUGUACGCCAUCGACACGCGGGCGCCGCACGCCGGGCCGACGGUCAACGCGCGGUACCACAGCUCGGCGGUCUCAUCGCUGGCGGGCAACGCGUUCAGCCUUGCAAGCGUCUCGUACGACGGAACGGUGGCGGCUGUGCCGAUGGCGAGCUGGCUGGCGGGCGAGGUGACCACGCCGACUGCGACGUACGGCAUUCCCAAGACGGCCAAGGGCAGGGUGGCCCGCGGCGAAGACGUGCUCGCGCUCACCGCCCGCAACGUGGCGCUGGCCACGGCGUCGUCGGCCGGCCUGCAUGUCUGGGUCUGA